AAGGAGGAUCGGUGAUGCAACAGUAUAUAUUUACAUUGUCAGUGCUCACACGACCACCCAUCACCAUCACCAUCACCAGAAAGAGGCCCACCCACCACCCGGCACUGACGCAACACCCUUACAAAGAGCACGUUCGCCCCUUGCACCACCCCAACAGCUGCCCCGCCACGGGUCCCUCGGGUGACGCAGCCAGCUCUACAAAAGCUAGUCCACAAAAAGUGUCCCCCAUCCUCCAUCUCCGCAUACCUCAGCACUCUCCUCGCUAGAACCCAAGCACCAUGGCUCUCUCAUUCAUCCUCCGGGGUGACAAUGACCAGACCCCUAUGAUCGCUCCCGGGGACGCACCGUCCCCGACCAUCAUCUCCCUCACCAACACCCCCGCUAUGCCCCCCACAAAUCCCUCCCCAGGAUCUUCCGACGACGGUACUCUUCCCCCGCCCAAGCUCUCCCUGAGCGAACAGGAGAAGCAGCACCACGACGGUAAGGUCAACAACCGAGAGUUUAACGAGUCGCAUCCGCUGUAUCACGAUCUCUGUCCGGAUGACUCGUAUACGAAUGGUACCUAUUGGGCGGAUCUGCCGUUCAGCCAGCGCAUAAAGUGGGUCAACAAGCAGAACAACGACGAGGUUGCUAGAGAACUCAAGCAUAUCUGGGGCAUGUUCAAGAAGGAUCCUCUCAGUCCCAUGAGCGCCUACUUCAGCCGCUAUGUCAUGGGCGGUUUCGGUCUUUUCACUGAAGGUUACGCUUUGUUCUCUAUCGGCAAUUUGUCUGCCCUUUACAAGGCCGUCUGGCCUACCUGUUGGAAGACUCACGAGGUCUGCAGUUCCAACUGGAUCGCUGCGGUCGACUAUCUGCAAAUCAUCGGUAUCAUCUUGGGUCAGGUCUUGGUCGGUUUUGAAGGAGACUGGAUUGGUCGUCGAUUUGGUCUUGUCCAAGAUGCCUUGGUCAUGACUCUCGGUCUGGUCAUGCUUACCUCCUCCUGGGGUGUCACCCUCGAGGGCUGGGUCAUUUGUUACGGUUUUGCGCAAUUCUUCUACGGUAUCGGUGUUGGUGGAGAAUACCCUAUGACCUCUACCACCGCCAUGGAGUCAAAACAGGUCGCCGGCGGUCAGCGAGACGACAAGCUCCACCGAGGACGUAACGUCGCUCUUGCUUUCCUCAUGCAAGGUUGGGGUCAGCUCUUCAACCAAGCCGUCCUCAUCCUCCUCCUCCUCAUGUUCCAUCACGGUUCCGGCAACCCUCCUUACUCCGAGGUCUCUGCCCAAUACGUCUUCCGAGUCUCCUUCGGUAUCAUGGCUGUCAUGACCCUCUGGCUCGCCUACUUCCGAUACUACAAGAAGACUUACAGCUCUUCUGCCCUUGCCCGAUCAAAGAAGAACAUGCGAGUGAACCAGUCUGGUUACGACCUUACCUCCCUCAAGCUCGUCAGCACCCACUUUGCCGGCCGACUUGUGGGUACCACCCUCGGUUGGCUCUUUAACGAUUUCUUGUUUUACGGCAACAAGCUUUUUGCUUCUACAUUCAUCGAGAUCAUCAGUCCCAGUGCCUCGGGCAAUGUGAUUGUCACUUGGAACUGGAACAUGGUCAACAUUGGUGUCAGCUUGGUUGGGUACUACAUGGCCGCCUUUUUGAUGGACCACAAGUUCUACGGAAGGAAAAGGAUGCAGAUUAUCGGGUUCCUGGGUGAUGCUGUGCUCUUUAUGAUUGCUGCCAUCUGGUACACCCAACUCUCUUCUCCCGAGCACAUCAAGGGUUUCCAAAUCAUCUACUACCUCUCCAGUUUCUUCCAGCAGUUUGGGCCCAACUCGACGACGUUCAUCCUCGGUAUGUCCUUCAUUGGCUAGCGAAUGGGCAUAGCUGACGAUCAUCUAGCGGCCGAGGUGUUCCCUGUAUCCGUUCGAGCCACCGCGCAUGGUCUGUCAGCUGCUAGCGGCAAGAUUGGUGCCCUCCUCCCCGCCGUCAUUUACAACUAUGUCGGCACCCAUGAGCGAUUCUGGAUCGUUUUCCCCUUCGGUUUCGCCGGGGCUCUUGUCACCCUUCUAUUCAUUCCCGACACUACCGGUCUAGAUCUACGCGAACAAGACCGCUAUUGGGCGUAUGUCCGCGAUGGCCGACCUCACGAGUACCACGGUAUCGCCGUGCAUCCCCGACAUCUUUCGUGGUUUGAAAGGGUCGUUCUGAAAAGGCAUCACGCCUACGACGCCGAGAAGGACAGAAUGCAGAGGGUCAGAGAGUUGAGGAUCAUGUAUGAGGAGAAGCAGAGGGCUAUGCAGGAGGAGCAUGAGCAUGAGAAUGAGCAUGAGCACGAAGAUGAGUUGAGCAGGAAUGCUUUCCACCACUUUUCCAACGAGAAGGCUAGCGUUGAAAAGCAGAGUGCUUCCACUGCGCCCAACUCUCCCGGAUCUCCUCUUGCUUUCGCCAACGGUGCCCCCCAAGCGCCCCUUUCUCCUAUAUCACCCGCAACCCUCAGCCGUCUCACACCUUCCCGCAUGGCCAUAUAGAAUUCUUUUGAAAUGUCAUAGAUUAUAGUACACACCUUUUUUCACUCGCCUUUUCAGGAAACAUCUAGAUGGAUGAUCGUCUAGAGUAUAUACAUAUUAGCAUCGUAACCCUAAUGUAAGCAAAUCAUGGAACGAAUCAUCGAAUUGAAUGCACAAUGCUCGCCACAAGAAGGGUCUGAGCGCGGCGUUAUUUGGGUUACGUAUGGUGUGUGUUUGGUCCUCCUGACUCGGCGUUCCAUCCGAUGUGCGUUCGUAUUCGAUCUCUUUCCAAGUGAUCUUUUGAACAUUUCAUGGUAUUCUCAGCAGGUUCUCGCGACAAUCAUCCACACGCUUGCUCGUCUGCUUGCAAAGACCACUCGUAUAGCACACCAAGCUUCGAGGCGUAGAACCAACCGGUGGGCUGACGGAACAGCAAGCCGUCACAACUCUCCACGACCAUCGAGAUGGACUAUACCUCACCUUCUCUCUUGUCUACGCCACGCCCAAGUAUCAGACGAUCAUGCACUGUACAGUUCCCCCUGUUCGCUCUACCCCGAGUAGUCGUCAAGUGACAUCCAGUCGAGCAACAGUCAAC